UUGAUGAACAAAAUGAGUGAAGAAUGAGCUUAAAAACGAGAUCUUAAAAUUAAUAACCUAACGAAACUGUUACAACAAUAGUGGAAUAUGGACUCAUCCGUUAUACUUCUUUGUUUGUUCUAUACACUCAGUAAAGUGGAGUUGUAUGUUCACAAGCGAGAGAUUUGUGCAAUGAGCAAAUGUCAAUGCAAAUGCCAAAACAGUUCUGAUUAAAUCGGGAUCUUUACCAAAACGAAUUUACACACAAUGACUUCGAUGGUAGCCUGGCGGUGCUUUGCAGGGCAAGUAACUCUAUCCCUGCUGAUUGCGCAGAAUGUUUUUCCUGCAUCCAGCGAUUUCUUUCUUUAUGUUCUAGAUAAUUUUAUGUAGAAUGCAAUGUAAAUUCCCUGACGUUUAUCAAAGUAGCGAGAAGCAGCAAUACUCGUUUAACUCUCGAAACUAUAGUGCUUGUAUUCAGGGGUUAGUUCUCAAAACCAAAAGUAAACCUGACAGUUAAAAAGAUACUUCAGUAUUGUUCAUACAGUCGCUUAGAUUGUGACGUCACAUGGGGGCUCGUUAAAAGAAAGACAUGAAAUUGAAUGCAGUCAUUUGGUGGAAUAUCUUGGACCGCCAGAUUACUUUUGCCGGGCUUAUUUCUCGCGCAAGUCCAAAGCUUCGUGGGCAGGCAGUAUACAGAUGCCUCAAGAUAUUGGUCAAUUUCAAGAAGAGGCCGGUCCAUUAAUUCCUGAAACACAAGUUUCCUAGAUAUCUAAAAGACCUUGUAGGAAAGUGAAGAGCUACAAUUUUAAAGCACCAACUGCAUCUGAACAAGAUCCGAGGAUAAAUGACUGAAGGCUUAAAAAGGUUUGGUGGGGAACUCUUUGAUGCAAAUAUCGUGUCAAAGCCAACUGUCUGUGCACGUGGAAAGUUAUUUUUAUAUACACACAGUUGAAAUGGUGUAUGGUCCAUUACCUUUGACCCUUGAAACUGUGCUAAUCGUACAGACCAGUUUGAUUGUUGGAUUUAACAGUGCUGUCUGGUUCCUGUUCUUAAAGCGCCGUAAUCUGCGAAACAAGUCUAAUUAUUUCAUGGCCUCACUCUCCGCAUCGCAUCUUUUCCUCGGGCUGUUCGGUAUACCUUGCUAUGUAUCAUCUCGAAGGAAAAUGAAUUCCACUCUCGUUUUAUGUACAGAGGUUUUCUACUACUUCCUGUGUUCCUCGAUUCUUAACAUGUACCUGGUUACUUACGAACGCUAUCUAUCAAUAAUGAAACCACUCUAUUACCAUCGGCGCAUGAGCAACACGUUUGUGGUAGCAGCGAUCUGCACAGCAUGGCUGCUUCCGAGCGUGCCCAUUACAGUUGACGCAUUAUUUAGGACUACGAUGAGAAUGCAUCGUUUCUCCACUGGCUACCUGGUUUAUCAUUGGAUGCAAACGCUGACGUUCCUGGUUAUAUUUCUGUUACUUGCAGCAGUGAACACGGCCAUGUUUCGUGUCGCCAAAAGACAGCUCCAAGCAAUACAGGCAGCUCAUGUCAUGAACUCAACAAUCCACCGACGACUUAGCGGACAGUCCAAUAGGCGAGAAAAAAGAACAACUUUUUUCUUUGUUUAUAUCGUUACUACAUUUGUGGUGUUCUGGCUUCCCAGGAUUGGAUGUGAAGUCUACGAACUUGUUCAUUACAAAAUUUUGGAUCACACCGACCUUGACGUUGUAACUUUGUGUAUUGCUCUUCUCAAUCCAAUAUUCGACCCUCUUAUUUAUCUGUUUUUCAAAGCCGACUUUAAGAGAGCAAUGCGAAAAAUGCUUCGUAGAAGAUAUAUGCUUCGCGCCCGUGUGUCUCCCGUUAGAAAUGUGUCACGGGUAAAUUAACUUUAACUAGAUCUAGAUUUAA